GUCACCCAUCACGACCUUGACGCCGAGCCACCGUCAUGCCGGGCCCUGCGCCUGUAUUUAGUGAGCAUAGCCCGUCGACGCGCUUCCACGCGUCAUCGGACCAUGUCCCGCGGCGGCAAAUCUCGCUCCACAACCCGUCCAUGAAUGCUGGCUUUGUCACGAACCACGUCCGGACGCACAAGUACACCCGAGUCACGUUCGUCCCAAAGUUCCUCCUCGAAUCGUUCCGGAAAGCAGCCAACGUGUACUUCCUCGUGGUGUGCAUCCUCCAGUGCUUCAAGACGAUCUCCAACACGAACGGCCUGCCUUCAACGCUGCCGACGCUGGUCUUUAUCUUGGUCGUCGACGCCGUGUUUGCCAUCCACGAAGACAAGAAGCGGCACGAGGCAGACUACAUCGCCAACCACCGCAUUGUCCACGUCCUUCGCCCUUCAAUGACGUCCGUGGACAAGGCCACCGACGUCAUGUUCACACCCACCCCAUGGGCCGACCUCUGCGUUGGCAACUACGUCCAGCUCUUUAACCGGGACAUCGUGCCCGCAGACAUUCUCAUCCUUGCGGUGCAACCCCACGUCCCGUCGUCGGGUCGCUGUGAUGCUGACGAUUCCGACGACCCGCCAGUGGAAACCCUGUGCUACGUCGAAACCAAGUCACUGGACGGGGAAAGCAACAUGAAGGUUCGCGAAGCGUUGGGCGCGACAGCGCAAAGGUGUCGUCGGCCACAGGACCUCUUGUCGCUGCGGGGACUCAUUGAGGCCGAGCCGCCAAACAACCACACACACAGUUUCAGCGGCGUCGUGACGCUGGACCCGGACGCGCCAGGUGCAUCCAAGUCGACGGCCCAUUCGAUUUCGCUCACCAACAUGCUCCUGCGUGGAUGCACCUUGCGCAAUGUCCGCUCGAUCUACGGCGUCGUCGUCAGCACCGGGCAAGACACAAAGAUCAUGCGAAGCAACAAACCGUCCACGUCAAAAGUGUCUCGGUUGGACGCGUAUGUGAACCAGUAUGUGGGGGUCCUCAUCCUGCUGCUGAUCGGGUGCUGUUUGAUGGCAGCGACGGGAAACCUCCUCUGGCUCUACUUUCACGCGACCAGUAGCCCGUACUUGGCGCUCAACCCGCCACCAAACUCGACGGCGACCAUGGCCGCGCUCGCCACGUAUGGCACGACGUUUUUCUACUUUUUUCUCCUCAUGUACCAAUUCAUCCCGAUCUCGCUGUACAUCUCGAUGGCGUCUGUCAAGUACUUUCAAGCGUGCUUUAUGAUGUGGGAUGUCGGCAUGUAUCACCCCGACACGGACACCCCCGCGCUGGUACGGACCAUGGCGCUCAACGAAGAGCUCGGCCAAGUCACGCAUGUCUUUUCCGACAAAACCGGUACCCUCACAUGCAACAUGAUGGAAUUCCGCCGGUGCUCGAUCGGCGGCGUGUCCUAUGGCCGCGGCAACACACCAGCCACGGACGUGUCGUGGCCCGCGCCAGCCCACGCGCCAACGCCGCAUGUCAACUUUCAUGGCCCCGAAAUUUACGCCCACAUGGACGGCGCCGUCGGCGAGGAUCAGGCGAAGCGCAUCGACUUGUUCAUGACUGUUCUCGCUGUAUGCCACACCGUGCUGCCAGAGACAGGUCGUGCGUCCCACGCAUCGCAUCCUCCCAGUGAUGUCGCGAGCCAGUACAGCUCGCACUCGCCGUCGGACACCACCGCGCCCCAUUCUGUGACCUACUCUGCCGCCAGUCCCGACGAACAAGCGCUCGUGUGCGCCGCGGCGUUUUUCCAGUAUAAAUUCGUCGCCCGGACGCAGCGCGCGACGUCCGUGCUCAUCCACGACGCCCUCGUCACGUUCGACACGCUCGCGAUUUUGGACUUUACGUCCACGCGGAAGCGCAUGUCGGUGGUCGUCCGGGCCCCAACUUCCCAAACGAUCUACGUGUUUUCGAAAGGCGCGGACGGCGCGAUGAUGCCGCGGCUUGCAGCGUCCCGAGUCUCGGGGGACCGAACACUGGUCGACGUGACCAACGGGCACAUAACCGCGUACGCCAAGGAAGGUCUGCGUACGCUGGUCGUGGCGUACAAGGAGCUCUCUGGCGACGACUUUGCCACGUGGAGCGCCGAGUACGACGCGGCGAAAGCGUCGCUGGACGAGAUGGACCGGUUCAAGAACGGAAGAGUCCCCAACGCAAUUGACAAUUGCAUGGAUGCGCUCGAAGUGAACUUUCGCCUCCUCGGCGCCACGGCCAUCGAAGACAAGCUGCAGGACGGCGUCCCCGACGCUGUCGCCACGUUGGUCGAUGCUGGCUUGAAGCUGUGGAUGCUGACGGGGGACAAGGACGAGACCGCCAUCAACAUUGGGUAUGCCAGCAACCUCCUUCAGCAGUCCAUGCGGUUGGCGACCUUGACGGCCAAGAAAUGUCCGACAGCCGCCGCCGUCUCCAGGGAAAUCACGGACUACCUCCACCAAGCCAACUCGGUCUGUAGCCCUUCCAUGUCGUCGUCCCACGGGUUGUCCCGAGGGCCGUCGAUGCGCAGUCGUGCGCCAAGCCUGCGCAGCCGAUCACGGACCAAGUCGCACAUGACGAUGUCCGAGUCGCGGAUGUCGGUUCGCAACAAGUCUGCCGAUCCCAUGGCCCUCGUCAUCGACGGCGACUCGGUGUACCAUGCCCUCCGCCACUGCCCCGCGCUCUUUCUCAAGCUGGCACAGCAAUGCAAGGUCGUGCUGGCGUGCCGUGUCUCACCAGCGCAGAAGGCCGCGCUGGUGGCACUCGUGAAGAACAACGUGCCUUCGUGCCGGACGCUCUCGAUCGGAGACGGCGCGAACGACGUCCCGAUGAUCCAGGAAGCGCACGUUGGCGUCGGCAUCUCGGGCCAAGAAGGCAUGCAAGCCGUAAACGCGAGCGACUACGCGUUGGCACAGUUCAAAUUUCUUCGGAGGUUGCUGCUGAUUCACGGCCGCGCCAACUACGAACGCCUGGCCAAGAUGGUGCUCUACAUUGUGUACAAGAACAUGCUCCUUCUUGUCGCGCAAUUUACGUUUUCGAUGCACACGGGGCUGUCGGGGCAAAAGAUGUACCUUGAAUUGGGCGUGCAGGUAUACAACGUCCUGCUGACGGCGGCGCCGAUUGUCGCGCUGGCCGUCAUGGACCGAGACGUACGCGACGACAUCAUCCUGCGGCUUCCCGUGCUGUACCGAAGUGGACCGCUCAACAAGCAUCUGAACCAUCGCGUGUUUGGUCUGUGGGUUGCCUCCGCGAUUGUCGAAGCUGUCACGAUCACGUUAGUGUCGCUGGCAGCGCUCGAAAACAGUGGCGGCAUCGGCGGCGAAAGCGCGGGCAUGUGGUUCAUUGGGAACGUCGUGAUGGCGCUUGUGGUCGUCGUGGCGAACGUCAAGCUCGUAUUUGUGCAUCACCGGUUCUUUGUGUUCAACCCAGUGUUGCUCCUGGGGUCCGUCGCGAUCUGGGUGGCAACCGCCAUCGUCGCGAGCCACGUUCGAGUGCUCUCUGGGAGCAAUUGGUUGGACAUGGUAGAAUUCACGUGUGCCCAGCCUGUUGUGUGGGCCUUAGUACCGUUCGUGGUCGUUCUUGUCGCAGGCUAUUCGUUCGUCGCGCGUGCCAUUGCUGUGACUUGGUAUCCAUCCGCGUCCGACAUUGUCAAGGAGUUUGUGCUGCUGCAGAAGACGACGAAGAAGGCACCAUCACAGCGAGCGUCCAAGAUUGCGCCUCAUACGAAUGGACCACCCGCCCCCGCGACUCGAACCAUGCUCAGCGCGAUUCCACAGGCUGGCAGCAGCAGCCUCCGCAGUGUCAUCGAACAAGAAGCAUGACAGCUCGUCUCAAUUAAUUAUUGCGUUCGACCAUUUCGACACAAAAGACCAAAAAUAUAUCCGAAUAGAACCCGGC